AUGGCACCUCAAGGAGAUGCUGACCACUGCAGAGACAAGGCCCGCAGGGAUCUGCUGGCCCUGCUUGAGGGCGCUCGGGGCAAGAAGAACCUCGUUAUCAGUCAGGAGCUGGCCGGUCCAGUCGGCCUGUUCGUCAAGUUCUCUGUCCUUCAGGAAUAUGGUGUAGAUCGAGUAUUUCUGCUGGAAAACGCAAAUAUCGACUCUUCGCAGCGCAAUGUCGUAUUCCUCAUUAGGGGCGAGAAGGCGCAGCAUGUGCGUAUUGUGGCAGAACAAAUUAAACGAUUGCAGAAUAAUGGAAAUGUCGAGCACGAGUUUUCUAUCUUCUUAACUCCCCGUCGGACUCUUAUGAGCAAUGCUAUUCUGGAAGAGGCUGGAAUUACUGGCGAUGUCAAUAUUGCCGAGUUUCCGCUCCAUUUCUUGCCUCUAGAAGAAGAUAUCCUGUCACUAGAGCUGGAUAGUGCUUUCAGUGACCUUUACUUGCUACAGAACAAGGAUCCCGGUUGCAUCUUCCAUUCCGCCAAGGCGUUGAUGGGAAUUCAACAACGUCACGGCUACUUUCCCCGCAUUGUUGGGAAAGGUGAUAAUUCCCGACGAUUAGCAGAUCUUUUGCUGCGCAUGCGCAAAGAGCUAGAUGCGGAAGAAAGCUCCGGAUUGGCAGAUCCGUCCGCACGAGGGCUACUUCCCAGUGCCAACACAGAGAACCUCAUAAUCAUCGACCGUGACGUGGAUUUUGGCACUCCACUAUUAACGCAACUCACCUACGAAGGCCUGAUUGAUGAAUACGUGGGCAUCAAACAUAACCAAGCUGAUGUUGAUACCAGCAUUGUGGGACAGGGACCUGCGCCACAGGCUCAAGAGUCAUCCAAGACACCCCAGCAGGCCAAGCAAGGAUUGAAGAGGAAGAUUCAACUCGAUGCGUCUGAUCAACUGUUUAAUCAGCUGCGAGAUGCAAACUUUGCGAUUGUAGGCGACAUCUUGAACAAGGUAGCCCGCCGUUUAGAAACCGAGUAUGAAAGCCGUCAUACCGCGAAGACCACAAACGAGCUCCGAGAAUUCGUCAACAAAUUACCCACCUACCAGCUGGAGCACCAAUCUCUUCGGACCCACACCAAUCUCGCAGAAGAGAUCAUGCGUUUGACCCGCUCCGAGACGUUCCGGAAGAUCCUGGAGGUACAGCAGAACAAUGCCGCGGGAGCCGACCCCACAUAUCAGCACGAAACUAUCGAAGAGCUCAUCGCCCGUGAUGCACCACUAAAGAGUGUGCUUCGCCUCCUAUGUCUAGAGUCUUGCAUGGCUGGAGGCCUUCGCCCCCGGGAUCUAGAAAAUUUCAAGCGCCAAGUCGUCCAGGCGUACGGCCACCAGCAUCUCCUAACUUUCUGGGCUCUAGAGAAGAUGGAACUUCUUCAGCCCCGAUCUUCUGCAACGAAUAUGCUUCUCCCCACUUCAGGAUCCCAGGCUGGCACAAAAACCAAUUACGGAUACCUGCGGAAGAACCUGCGCUUGGUCAUCGAAGAAGUUAGUGAGAAAGACCCCAACGACAUCUCUUACGUCUACAGUGGAUUUGCCCCACUCAGUGUGAGACUGGUUCAGUGCGUUCUCCAAAAACCAUACAUAUUAUCCCUUAUCAAAGGCGGAUCUCCCGCGGCAUCCAUAAAAAGUGCUAGCACCGCCUCACCCGGCUGGCUCGGAUUUGAAGAUGUAGUCAAGAGUGCUCGCGGAUCCACCUUCAGUAUUGUUCAGAAAGGCGAUGACAAGGCCGUUCGAGCUCGCCAGACUCUUAGCGGUAAUAACGCUACGAAGGUUGUGUAUGUGUUCUUCCUGGGUGGCAUUACCUUCACGGAGAUUGCUGCGUUACGGUUCAUCGCUGCCCAAGAGGCGCCGCGUCGGAAAAUCAUUAUUUGCACGACUGGUAUUAUCAAUGGCGAUCGCAUGAUGGACGCUGCCAUUGAGAAGCAGAGCUUCGCUAAAGUGGAGUAG